AAAUACGAAUACAUGUACGAGUACGCUUCGGUGCAUCGCCGGAAAGGGGGCAAUGGAGUAUAAGGGAUCACUCCCUCACUUUGGAAAUGUAGGAAACACUCUGACUCAGUGAAAGUUGUUGGAUCGUCUCUCCGGGUUCUCUACACCGGCACCGCUGCUAGAUCUCUCAAGCAAUUUAUUACCGAGAAAUGGCACCUUACUCGGGAAAGUACGCUGAGGAGCUUCAAGCCACAGCGAAGUACAUUGCCACGCCUGGGAAGGGUAUUCUCGCUGCCGAUGAGAGCACGGGUACCAUCGGGAAGCGGUUGUCCAGCAUCAAGGUAGAGAAUGUUGAAGCCAACAGGCAAGCUCUUAGGGAGCUCUUGUUCACCACGCCCGGAGUAGGCGAGUUCUUAAGCGGUGUCAUCCUCUUCGAGGAGACUCUGUACCAGAAGACUGCCGAUGGAAAGCCCUUCGUUGAUGUCAUGAAGGAAAAUGGAAUCAUUCCCGGGAUCAAGGUCGACAAAGGUACAAUCAACCUUUGGGGCACCAAUGGUGAGACCACCACCCAGGGUUUCGAUGACCUUCACAAAAGAUGUGCUGCUUACUACGACGCCGGUGCACGUUUCGCUAAGUGGAGGGCUGUCUUGAAGAUUGGAGAGCUUGAACCAACCGAGCUCGCCAUUCAACAGAAUGCACAAGGCCUUGCUAGAUACGCCAUCAUCUGUCAGGAGAACGGACUUGUUCCCAUUGUCGAGCCCGAGAUUUUGGUCGAUGGAUCUCACAGCAUCGACAAGUGCGCUGAGGUCACUGAGAAGGUGUUGGCCGCUUGUUACAAGGCCCUGAAUGACCAACAUGUGCUGUUGGAGGGAACUCUCCUGAAGCCUAACAUGGUUACUCCUGGUUCUGAUGCCGAGAAGGUAGCUCCCGAGGUGGUUGCGAAGUAUACCGUGCGUACUCUCCAGAGAACUGUUCCUCCAGCUGUUCCUGGCAUUGUUUUCUUGUCCGGUGGACAGUCUGAGGAGGAAGCCACUCAGAACCUCAAUGCGAUGAAUGCAUUGAAGACAACCAAGCCAUGGGCGUUGUCCUUCUCCUUCGGUCGUGCCUUGCAGGCUACCGUCUUGAAGACAUGGGGUGGUAAGAAGGAGAAUGUGAAGGCUGCCCAAGACGCUCUUCACGUCCGCGCUAAGGCCAAUUCCGAGGCUACUUUGGGCACUUACGGCGGAAACGCAUCAGGCGAAGGCACCGAGAGCUUGCAUGUGAAGAACUACGUGUAUUAGGAUGUAUAACACCAGGGAUGAAGAGGUUCACAAUGAACUUAUGCGGUCUGGAGUGAAAUUCAGAUCCGAGUUGGUAUCACUCGAAAUCCGUGAGUCUAUCAGAUAUACUACGCGUUGAUACACCAGCUUUAAUACGUGACAUGUGUCCGAUUAGGAAAUGCAGCACAUCUGGAAGACUAGUGUUUUGUAUCAUUGGAAAGACUUAUCUGUUGCAAUCAGCGAGCUCACUUGAAUAA